AUGGGUCUUCUUACGCAACGUAAGGAACAUAAGGUUCCAGACCUUUCCCGUUAUGACUACUACUACCAGCGCAAGGACGACUAUAACAAGUCUCCACGUCUGUCAGCGGCAGCUGCUUAUGCUGCAUCCCGUUCUAGGGGUAAUCCAGUUCUAGUACAACAGCGCUCUCAAUCUCUAACACAACCACGUAGGGUUGUUAGAACAAGACCUCGUACCAAAUCUAGAGGUGCCGUUGAAGCUAGAGAGGCUAGAGAGGCUCCUAGAGCAGAUUCCAUUAUGAGGGAUGCAAAUUUCCAAGACACUAAAGGAACGAAGAGUAUUACAAGGAGAACUAUCAGACGUAUCAACGGCGUGGAUUAUAUGGAGACCGUUACCACUACACCUUUAGAAGAUGAAGACAAUGCUCGUCAUUUUAACGAAUUUUCUGAACCCGUUGAUAAUUAUGCCGAUGAGCACCCAGUAAGAAGAGUUAGAAGAGUUAAAAAAACUGCACCAUCUUCACCAAAGAGUGUACGGAGUACAAGAACACAAAGAGGUCCUAUAAGUCCACCCAGAAGUCCUGUUAGAUAUCACCGUCCAGAAGACUAUCAAUAUGAAGAACCAGCUCAAGCUGAAUCAGAAUUUGCGCCCCCAGCUGCUGCCCCAGUUCGUCGUACGACUAGUACGACAAGGCCCGUGCGUUCCAGAUCUACAAGAUCAGUUCGUAAAGCUGGUUCAGUGCCACAGUCCGCCGUUGUCGCAAACGCUGCAGGUGAGAGACGUUUGACGGAGCAAGAAAUGUAUGCUAGAGCUCUCGAAAUCGCUCAACGUAAUGUCUACAGCGGCAGCGAUUUCUCGCCAGAUGUACUUGACAGCGCUAGCUCCCAAGAUGGACAAGCACCUUCCAGAAUGGGUCAACGGUCAUUAAGAAGAGAUAGCGGUAGAGGCAAGAAGAAGUUUACUCUAUUCAACAAGGAUAGAGAUGCUGGAGCUGCAGGUGCUUUACCUGCAGCAGAUGCUCCCCGUGCUUCUGGUGCCUCGUCGUUAGAUAACCGUUUGGGACAAAACGUCGAGCCUACUGCUGUUUCUGCUUCUACAGCUUCGAGAAGGAACUUAUCGGAUGAAGAGAUGUAUGGUCAGGCAUUGGCCAUGUCCCAGAAUAAGUCGCAACGUAAUGUUGAGGAACCAGAAUCGGGAACUCAACCUUUAAAUCUUGGCGGUGUGGAAAAGGAUGUUCGCUCACCUCAAAGUAAUGCUGCUGCCUCCUUCGUUACACCAGCUCAGACGAUUGAUGAAAACUACGAGGAAAACUUUGAAGAUGCUAAAAAUUACGACGGUGAAUGGAAGGACGCUCGUCCAAAGGGUGGCGCUUACGGUAAUUACGAUUAUCCAGUCGAAAAUGGCGACCGCUACGAUUUUGAAGAACCUGAGCCUGAAGCUGAACCUGAGUACAUAGAGCCCGAGCUUGAGCGGGAAUAUGUGGAUCCUGAGCGUUUACCAAAAGCCGCUCCUGAGUACGAACCUGAGUAUCAAACAGAAGAAGUAUACGAACCAGUUUACGAAAAGAGGGAAGAGAGAGCACCAAUUAAAAGAAACGUUAGUGGCUACUCUAGACGCUCUGGUGUUGCACAAGACGAAGCUUUGCAACAACCAAAAAGAAGUGGUAGUGGCUAUUCUAGACGUUCCGGUAUUGCUCAAGACGGAGCCUUGCAACAACCAAGAAGAAGCGUCAGCGGCUACUCUGGACGUUCCGGUCUUGCUUCCGGUCUUGCUUCCCCUAUCGACACUACUAAGAGUGGGUUCUCUAAUCCUAUUGCAUCUCCUGAAGAAGUUAGAGCAGGUGAUUUGCAAGCAGCUGGUGCCAACAACGUGGGCGCUUCUGCCCGUUCUCCUUUGCGCUCACAAGUAGGAAAACAGCAAACUGUGCAAUCCCCUAUUCAAUCUCCCUUGGAAGAUUCUGCAGCCCGUGGUGGUUUCGAUAGUGAAGCAGAACUCGGUGGGCUUGGUGGUGCCGCAGCUGCCGGUGGUGUCGAGCCUGCCAGUAGGCGUAAAUCUAAGGGAUUUAGUUCUGGUCUCUCAAGGUUUAAGACUAGAAAGUCUUUGUUCGGUGGUAAACCAGAUGAGCAACCAUUACCUGAUCUGCCCAAAACAGAUUUGACGCAAGCUGGAGCGGAAGACUCAGAAAUCGGUUAUAGCCCAGCUCACAAAGCUCAACAAUAUGAGGGUAAGACUUCAGAAAGCCGUCCAAAGAAUAAAUUGAAGUCCAUGCUUAAUAAAGUGGUCGAAUUUGGUGCUGAAAAUAGCGGUUACCAACCUCCACGCGGGGUAAAAGAGCAACAAAAAGCAGAAAAGACUGGUGCAGGCUUUUUGAGGGAAGGUGAAGGUUCUGUCCCAUACACUAAGCACCAAAGGGGUGCCAGUUUAGGUAAUGGUGUUGGCGCAGGCGGUGUUACCACUGAUGGCGGUCUUGCUACAGAUGGUCCUGCUGCUGUUGAUAGUACUACUGCUAAGUAUGGUGUUGUUGAUGAUGGUACUGCUGCCCAUGCACCUGCCGUUGGUAGUGGCGCUGCAACACGUGGUCCUAGCGCCCGUGUUCCUAGCGCUCGUGGUCCUGCUACUGCUGGUGCUGCUACUACCGGUGCCACUACUGGUCCUACUAUCGGUACUACUGCUGGUCCUACUACCGGUGCCACUACUGGUGAUGUCGCUGCUGGCACUACUGCAGGUGCCGCCGCGGGAGGUGUCGGUAAAAGAAGCGGUGGUGGUUCUCAUCCAUGGAGACGUAAUGCUCAACCUGCCAGUGCCACUGACGGUGGUGUUGCAUCUGGAAAAGCACCUGCUGCUAGUUCUGCUCAACAACCUAAUAAUCACCUUGGCACCGCUGCUCCAGGUCUUGAAGAAACCAGUGAAUCUUCCAAUUAUGAUACCGAACACGUUGUUGAUGAAGGUUUUGCCGAUGGGUAUGCAGACGGAUUGAGAGAUAGCCAGUAUGAAAGUGGGUAUGACAGAGCUGGAAGAGCUGAAGGAACUGAGAAAGCUAACGGCCUUGGUGGCAGUGCCGCUGCUGCCGACGUUGCUGGUGAAGGUGGUCAAGAAGGUAUGGGCUACCGUCAAGGCGUCCAGGAUAAAUUGAACCAGGCCAAGGAUAGUUCAUGGGGUCAAAAAGUUAUAGGCAAGACCAAAGAAGAGGCCCAAGGCCAAGCUAAAGAGCAAAAGGGCAAUUUGUUCAAGAAAUUGUUCAAGAAAUGA